CGUGGAAGAGGCAAUUAGCCAAGCGUUUGCUCCGGACUACACGCCAGUGUUUCUGGACAGAAUCAUCACCGACUUUGAUUUCACCACCUACCACUUGUCUACUCCAGAGUCCAAAACAAAACUUCUGCUGUCUAUCAGCAUCAAGUGCUGGAACGACCUCGUGAACUACGGAGUGAAGGAAUUGCUCAACUCAAAGUACUCAAAGUACCCAUUCAUUCAACAAACACAACCCGAGUAUGGUUAUGACUACAGUCUUUACAUCGAUGUGGAGCAGGCGACGUUCUCUAACGAAGACGAAAAACAGCAGCUAAUUGCCGAGCUUUCCCUUCUGAAGCGCAACUGUUUCGCCGCGCCAUUCCUUCAGGCGUUCCAGAGAUAUGAGGUGCUCUCGAAAGAGCAGCCUGUGGACCCUAACAACUUGUAUGGAGAGGAUUCUCCCAACAACUCGAACGAACAGGUUCUGCAAUUGCACUACAGAGAUAUGGAGUCCAUCUACAUCAAACCGUCGAAUGAUAGAGUGACUGUGAUUUUCUCGACUAUUUUCCAGGACGACACAGACAAGAUCUUCUCGAAAGUGUUUUUGCAAGAGUUUAGCGAUGCCAGAAAACGUAGCAUCCAAAAGGCCCCGCAGGUGAUCAACUCGCACCAGGAAAUUCCGCUCGAGAUUAAACAUUUGGAGGCUGCCAACACCCACAACAAAACAUACAUCACUUUCGUGCUGUUCCCAAGACACCUGAGCACCGAGGACGUGAAGUGGAACUCCAUCACUCACAUCCAGCUGUUCAGGUCGUACUUCCACUACCAUAUCAAAAUCGUCAAGUGCUACCUGCACCAGAGAAUGAGAUUCAGGGUCAAUAGUUUCACUAAAAUCCUUAACAGGGCCCGGAGAGAUGUGGACGAUGAGGAACACAGGAGUGAGAGAAAGACCGCGAGCGGAAGACGGUUUGAAAUGAGAGCGUGAGCCCGCGAAUAUGUAAAGUGAUAAUGCACUGAUUUUAGACACGAGUAAAUCUAGGUCGUGCGUCGUACCCAAACUCUUCGUCGAAAUUUUAUGAGGCAAAAACCAGCCAAAUAAACACAGUCGGUACUCUAUCGAACCAUUGCACCAUGUCCUUUUUCGGAUUCGAUCCAUCAGGACCUCCUUCAUCUGGAGAAAAGGACCAGAAACUGGACACACUCGAUUUUGAGGAAACCUAUGAGGGACUCGGAGAGCAAGAUGAGGACGCUUUUAAUGACGAGACGUUUGGAGCCGACGUGAAGGAAAUCGGGACCAAUUUCGACUUCACAGGCGGUCUUAAGCCGGCCUCGAAACCUCAGACAGUUGAUCCCAAUUUGUCUUACGCAAAGGCGGCCCAGGUCGACCAGGUGAUCGCACCAAUGGCCUCUUUGUGGAACGAGGAAGCGAAGACAGCUAGCUCUGCGUCCUCGCAGCCAGCUUCAGAACAAAGGGUGUUGUCUCUCGAAGAGAUUGAAGCUAAGCUUCGUCAGCCUCAACAACAAGUGCCCCAGAUGCCUCAGAUGAACCCUUACAUGUAUCAGCAGCAGCAGCAGCUUUUGGUUGCGGCCAUGGCCUCCGGACAGUUCCCUAACCCUGCAGCCGCUGCCCAAGCAUUGGCGCAAGGCUACUUCCCUCCGUUCCAGCCAGGAGUCAUGCCUUUUAUGCCGUUCCAAGCACAGCAAAUGAUGCAGCAGGGCGCUUUGGGUCAAGGACAACAGCCCCAGCAAGUGCACCCACCUCCUGCCGGUGUUCAGGUGCCUCAAGUGCCUCAAGUGCCUCAGUCGGCACCCGCUCCAGUUCAGCAACAACAGCAACAGCAGCCAGCAUUGCAAGUUCCUCAGGCUCUUCAGUCCCCCCCUGUUCCAAAUGCUGCUUCUCCAUCUUCUCACUCUGCCCAGCCUGUGCCACAGUCAGUUGAGCACAAGGUGCCUUCUUCGGCUUCUGCACCUUCCUCAUCUGCUGUAUCAGCUCCCCAGUCUGUCCCACAGGCUGGUUCAAGCGAUGCUACGGGAAACUUCCCUCCCCUGGGAUAUGACGAAAAGCCGCGGAAGCAAAGACCUCAGAGACAAAAUCCAGAGAAUCUGACACAAGAAGAGAGAGAGAAGCUUUGGAGAAGACAGAACAAAGUGUCAGCAAUUAUCAGAUGUUCUGGAUUUAUGAACCCUAGAGAUAAGGACUUUGUGACCAGGGUUCAGCUUUCUCAGAUUGUCACUGACGAUCCGUACAAUGAGGACUUCUAUUGUCAAGUCUAUCGAGUGCUGAACUCCUCUGUCGGCGAAGAUGACAUGAGCUCCAUUGCACAGAAAUAUUUAGACCAGUCUGGACACAGAUUGGGGGGAAGGGAGAAACGGGCCGAUGUGGCGCUCCAGAGAAUGCAACAGCAAGUUUCCAAAGCCGUGACUGUUGCUAAGGAGCGCGGAGAAAGAACCGGAGUGCUUGCAAAGGAAGGUGCUCUGGGUAAAGUGUCUGUUGGCUCCGGUAAACAGCCAAGAAAGCAAUUGGUUAUCAAUACCACGGGCAGCUCCGACGAGGUUGUUGUUCCAAAGGAAAACGUGUACUCUAAGUCUUCAAGGGCUUUCCAGCUAUCUGUGAUUGAAGACAUCUACUCCCAGGUUUUGAAGCUUGAAUCUCUGGAGCGUGAAAACCAAGAGCGGGAUUCCAAGGACCUUUGGAACGCUCUUCGUCUCAACGACACGAUUGAGACCUCCAACACUGUCGUUUCUCCAUUCAUUUCUGUACUGUCUAUUGACAAGGCGAUGAAGGUGUUUAACAGACUGUUCCAUUUCCUCAAUCCCGAGCAAAAAAUCAAGCUGAUGGAGGCGAUUUUUGCCAAUCUGCAUAAUAUCGACGUGGUCAUGAAGGGCUCGUAUGCCAACUACGUGAACGAAAACUACGAGAUUCCAAAAACAGAAAAGAGUAAAAUUGAGCUUUUCCAGAUGACCGUGAUGAAAACGCUAGUUUUAUUUGUUAGCGAAUCGGACUUUCAGCAGGUUCUACGGUUUGUGGUUUUGAUCGUUAAAGGCGGGAAUAACAAUGUGCUAUUUUUGUCCACCACAAAAAUAGGACUCUCGCUGAUUACCAUACUUGUUUCGAGACUGGAGCUGAUCAAGCAGGAAUUCUCUGCCGGACUCAGUCCGCAAGACCUUGCUCAAUGGCAGACUAUCUACAACCACCUAUUCCAAGCAUUAGAAGGCAGACUGGCUACUAUCUUCCCACCGUACCUUUCGAACGAUGACGCGCGCAAAGUGCGUAAUUCCGAGUCGAGCAGCGACGAUUCUUACAUUUGGCAGUUCUUGGCGUCGCUCUCGCUUGCGGGUCUACUAAGUCAUCAAAGAAUAAUUGUCGAUGAAAUCAGGAACGAAAUAUUUGGCAGCAUGGGUGUGAGCAAGGAUCUCAAGGAGUCUGGCGAUUUGCAGGGUGCUGAGAAACAUCUUUCGAAUCUCAAUCUGUUCCUCAAUGUGAUGGGACUGAAAGCUUCGGAAUCAGAUAUCACCGAAUUAUAAGUGCCCACAACGACCUUAUUUCACUUCCGCCUCACGAUUUUAAAAACACGUCAUCUCUGACAGCAAUUUUCGGCCAAUCUAUAAGAGGGGUGUGGGGUGCAAUUGCUUUCAUUUCGUGCACUCGAUAAAAAAAAGGAUAAUUGUAUGCAUGAAAUUGCCCUCUGCCCAUAAAGAGACUGUAGUAUUAUAUACUUGUCUUAAUGGCCAGUUAGAUAGAUUUCCAUGGAUGGACUGUCGUUAUUCUGUUACGGUCCAACAGGCUCUCCGGACGUUGUAUACGAAGUUCUAGAUACACAUCCAGACUGCUCGAAUCUUCACAUAUACAAGGCGAGAUUGCCUGAUCACAAACAGGUUGCUGUUCGGAACGCAAGCUACUCUGCGGUCAUCCCACAUCAGGGGGACUACGUGGACGGUCUCUUGGUCGAUGGACUUUCCGACCAAGACCUCCGGCAUAUAGACUACUUCGAAGGUUACGAGUUCGCUUCCGUUCCGGUAAAAGUACAGCUCAUUGAUCCGAUUGACAUACGCCACGGCGACCAUGAGGGCAGAAUCGAAAUCAACAACAACACCUUCAAAGCCGGCCUCUGUUACAUAUGGAAUGACUCUUACGACCGUCUGGAACUAUAGUUCCAAACAGCAAAUAAUCUGAUUUCUAGAUUUAGUAAUAAUAUAAUACUAAAUUUACAGCCC